GUCCAGUAUACAUUAAGUGAAUUAGAUUGUGCCAUAUAUAGUGAGUGAAUGUCUAAGAUGAAUGACUUUACAUUAGCAGUAUAAGAUUUUGGCCGUAAACCAUUCACAAAUUAUUUUCUUCUCCACAAUGUUAUCACUGUCUUUUCAUUUUGAAAAAUGGACGCAAGUUUGUGUUUCUACAUAUGGCGGAAUUUAAAAUUGACAAAUAUCUAUCCCUUCUAUGCUUAUUAUGUUUGAUACGUUUGUGUGGAAGUGUUGAUGAAAAUUGUGAUUACCUUGAUACAAGUAGGAAGGAUCGAACCAAUCACCUAAAGUGCCCAAACUACGGCUGUUGUGGCGACUUUAAAAACAGACAUUGUUGUGUAGGACCUAUUCCAAUAGUUGCUGGCGUAUUCGGAUCUCUUCUGUUUAUUCUUGUCGUGGCUGUGAUAAUAGGAGUAUGUUGCACACACUACAAGAAAAAACACAGGACUCAGCCCGUCCCUACUAUAACAGCAGAGAUGUACAACGAUAUACCCUUGCCUUCUCCGCCAAGCCACGCUCCACUUGUUUAUAACCCUUCGAGGCUUCACCCACCGCCACUAGUUACCCAUCCUUUCCGACAUGUAAAACCAGCAGAGUGCCAACAAAAUCACCCACCACCGUCAAACUUACAUCCACCAAGACUGAAAGCACUCAGAGCAUGAAAAGAUGAAGGAAUACCUUUAGCGCCGACUAGAAUACAGAAAAUUAAAUGUAUACCACAAGCUCUGACUACAGUAGAGACAAUUUAAGGUUUACCACUAGCGCCGACUAAAAUAUAGACAAUUUAAUGUUUACCACUGGCACUGGGCAGAGCAUAGAUAAUUUACCACUGUCGCAAAACAGAGCAGAGAAGGUUUAUCACCUGCGCCGACCAGAGCAUGGAAGAUUUACCACUUGCGCCGAACAGAUUUAGCACUUCAACGACCGCUGCAAAGACAAUUAAAGGUUUAUCACUAUCGUUAGACAAAUAAUUGGCUAAAGUAGGAAUAAAUACUUAUUACUGAAUUAGUCACGAAAACUUGUUUAGUUUAAUAAUUCUUGCAAAAAUGACCAAAAAUCGGUACCUCGUAUGAUAGAAACUGACAUCAACUAUAGACAAAUCACUGGCGCAAAACAAAGGUUUACCACUAGCGCCAGACCCCUUGCGCAAUGUAUCAUAAAUGGAGAGUACCUGGAACCUCGCAAAUAUAGAACCUGGAAAUGCGUCACACCCCAGUUAUCAUGAGAAAAUGGAUGCCGUUUUACAUGGCAGAUGAACAUGAACACUUGAUGAAGAAUUUGAAAAUAAGUUGCAUAUAGCUUAGACAUAAUAUGAUAUCUACUAAUGUACUUAUUGUCAGACACUUUCAUAAAGUUGUGUUUUGUGAGACGCUACUUUAUUUUGACGAAAAGAAAAUGCGGUAAAAUCAACAGGUUCAACAAAAACAGUAUUGAGUUUGCCGUAUGUUUUGUUACAUCUGCACAGAACGAUUUCUAUUUUACAUACAUUAUCUCUAAACAAUUUAUAAUAUUUAUCUAAUGACUAUUUUCUGUAUAAUAUCAAUCAUACAAGGACAAAAUAAGUGUUAAAACAAUAUGCAUUUUGUACUUACACAAUGUGCUGAUUUUCGAGACUAAGGGGUGAGCUAUAUCUGUAAUUUGACUUGAUUAAACAUAUUCUUAUUUAGAGAACUAACAUGUCUAUAUAUGCCUUUCGUACAUAUAUUGUGUUUUAGUAUUCUAAAUAUUGUUAAUGAAGGUAAAAUCGGC